CUGUCCCUCAUUUGUUGUCAACAAUGGCAGAGCUAAAACAUGUCCUAUGUAUACCAUUUCCUGCACAAGGUCAUGUCACUCCUCUCCUGAAACUGUCCCACUGUAUUGCUGAUCAUGGCAUCAAGGUUACCGUUGUGAACACCGAGUCUGUUCAUACGCAAGUGAUGGCCGCAAACCAGCUAGAUGAUGGAUUGAAUCCGAUUGAUUUCGUUGCAUUUCCAGAUGGGCUCGAGACUGACGAGGAGCGCAAGGACUGGGUGAAGCUGCUGGAGAGCAUAUCAAGAGUGAUGCCAGGUUAUUUGCAGGAGUUCAUUGAGAAAGUGAAGCAGCAGUCAAAGGGCAAUGAAGAUGAGCAGAUCAACUUUGUAAUUGCAGACCUUACUGCCGGAUGGGCACUGGAAGUUGCCGAAAGGAUGGGUAUCAAGCGAGCCGGAUUUUGGCCCGCCUCAGUUUCGUCUCUGGCCUUGACACUUCAUAUUCGAAAGCUGAUUGAGGGUGGAGUCAUAGACAACGAGGGCAUUGCUCUGAAGAAUGAUGCGAUCUCAAUAUCGAAGGACCUUCCCUCGUAUAAGAGCGAUGACCUCACCUGGACUUUCCCUGAAGACCCGACGGUGCAGAAAGUAUUAUUCAACUGGGCGUCGACCAUCGUCCAUCACAGCACAUAUUCAACCUCAUAUCUUUGCAAUUCGUUCCAUGAACUUGAGGCAUCGGCUUGUGGAAUUAUUCCCGGAGUUCUCCCAGUUGGUCCAUUAUUAGCGAGCACCCGAUUACUCCAUCGCAGAGGAAGCCUCUGGAACGAGCCCGGAACAAUUCUAUGAGCUUGCCCACGGCCUCGAGCAGAUCGGCCGACC